UUCUCUUCCUCCUCCGAAAAUUUAUAAUUAAUUAUUAGGGUUUUCAGGUAGGGAGGGACUGCAAUCAACAAUCGGAGUAUUAGGGUUAGGGCUUUCGAGACCCGCCGUUUCCCCAAUUCAUAGCUAUGUCCUUCCUCGAAGAAUUUCACGCCAAUCUGGAAUCUCUGCCUAAUAUUCUGCAAAGGCAUUAUGCAGUGUUACGUAAUCUAGACAAGAGUUUGCAAGAUAUCCAAAGACAGAAUGAGCAACGUUGCGAACAAGAAAUAGAGGAUAUAAAGCGCGAGAUUAAGUCUGGAAAUAUUACACCUGAUAGUUCACUUAUUAGAUUCUCAGAUGAGGCACUUGAUGAGCAAAAGCAUAGCAUUGGGAUUGCUGAUGAAAAGGUCAUGCUGGCUGUUCGGGCGUAUGAUUUGGUUGAUACACACAUACAACAGCUUGAUCAGUAUUUGAAAAAAAUUGGUGCAGAGCUCCGGCCUGCCUCAGAUGCUGUUGCCGCAAGUGCAAUGCCUGCUCCAAGUCUUGAUGGUACUGCAAAAUCUGGAAGGAGCGGCGAAGGUGGUAGAGGAGGGCGUAAGAAAAAACAGGCAACAGUAACAGCACCAGAAGCUGCACCUGUACCUGCAACUGCAACUGUGCCUGCACCUGCAAAUCCUACUGGUAUGGAUUUAGAUAUACCAGUGGAUCCAAAUGAGCCAACCUACUGUCUGUGUAACCAAGUUAGCUAUGGAGAUAUGGUUGCAUGUGAUAACCCCAAUUGCAAGAUUGAAUGGUUCCAUUUUGGCUGCGUUGGUUUGAAAGAUCAGCCAAAAGGAAAGUGGUAUUGUCCAGAUUGUGCUGUAGUGAGAAAUCGACGCAAAAGGUAAAUGAUGCAGAGAACUCUUCCUGGAACAUUGAAGCGGACGUACUGAAAUAUUAACGUCCGUCCCAACAUGUUUAUUUGGCAGCCUUUGUUUAUGUUACACAUUUUUAAUUGCACUACAGAAAUUAGAUUUGUAUAUCAUUUUGUAUUUAUAGAAUUAAAGGGCUAUUGCAGUAAAGCUAAUAAAUUUGCAAUGAGUUCAAG